CAAGUGACAGUGGGCGGGGGCGCUUCCGCAGCUCAGAGGCGCAGUGCUUUUUCGUCCCAUUUGGAGCUAUGGCGGUGGCGUUGAGGGCGGCGGUGCUGUUGGCGGCCUUGGCGCUUCAGGGGGUUGAAUCUCCACGGUUGAUACCUCAAUGUGAUCAUGGAAAAUAUCUUGAUUCUGGGCGACAUUGUUGCAAACUAUGCCCUGCAGGUACCUAUGUUGCUGAAAGCUGCAUUACGCCACAUACUUCUGGAAUUUGUGCACCCUGCCAGGAAGGAAUAGACUACACUGCUCAUGCAAAUGGAUUUCAGAAAUGCCUGCCUUGUGAUGAUUGCAAAUCUGGUUUUGAAAUGGUGAAGAGCUGCACUGUGAAGAGUAACACUGAAUGUCGGUGUAAAGCCGGGUAUUACUGCCCCCCAAGUUGUGAGGAAUGUGUCAAGUGCAAGACAAAGUGUCCUGAAGGGCAGAUUCCUGUGGAAAACUGCAGUGCCACUACAGAUAUGAAGUGUGGCUCUCCUACAGAAACCAAGAAUGCCACUUCAAAUUCUAAAGCCAUUGCAUUUAUUGUUGUUGUUGUUGUUGCUGCUAUCAUUGUCUUUGGUGCUAUUGCAUUAUUUCGCUGGAAGUCUACAAGAAAUGGUUUCUGUCAAAGCGAUGAAGAAACAUCUGCCCAACCUUGGUGGGAACGCUGUAAGAAAAAGAAUCCUGGACCAAAUGGAGCUUCAUCUGAAUCGCUGCUUAUAAAUCAGAUGGAAAAGUCAGGUCCUGUAUCAGAAAAAAAGUUGCCUGGGAAUACUGACAGAAGCGACCUGGCAGCGGGCAACACAAAUGAAGAACCUCUCCUGGGAAGCACUGAAUCCACCGCUGCAAGUCUGCAGCCCAAUUUGCAGGGGUCAAGGCAACAACCUGUAGUAGUUGUGGUGGCGUCGGCUGAAAAUUCUGAUUCUGUUAAAGUGCUGAAUGAAAUCUAUUUCGACUCAAGGAAGCAGGUACUACUGUAUGACUGGAAGAAUCUUAUGAGAAAGAGUGGCUUAGAAGACAAUGACAUUGCUGAAAUAGAGCAUGAUCACCCUUUACAAACCGGUGAACAACGUUAUCAGAUGCUAAAAACUUUACAAAACAGAUAUGGCAUUAAAGAUGCUUUGCUUAAAUUAUUAAAUGGCAUGUGGGCUAUGAAGCUUACACAUAGUUAUGACAAUCUAACAAAUGAAUUAAAAAGCAAAGGUAUAAUAACACUGGAGACUAAAGACUAAUAUUUUGGUUUUUUAAAUAAAACUGAACAAGAGCAGAAUCUGCAAACUACAAACUGUAUGGGUCUGCUGACCUUAUUUUAGUGCAUGUAACUUUGCUGAGGAUGUAUAAGCAGAACGCACUGCUAAUAUGGUAAGUAUGGAGACUAGUACCAUUUGUCCGGAGGACAACAGUGCAUGAUGCAUAUCUACAUCUAUGUAUUUUGUAACAUCAAAAUGUGAGAUUGUAACUUGAACUCCUGUGAAUUGCUGUACUUGAACAUUUUGGCAAACAAAUCUGAGCAGCUGCAGUUUGUCAUUCAGGUUCAAAGAAGGUAGAAAAUGAAUGUACACAGUUCAAAAUGAUGCAAUUUUACACCAUUUCCAAAUAGCUGAUGAAAUUGUUACUGUAACAGAAAGGACUGAAGUAUAUUGUAUCUUAAACACUGUUACAUUAUCAGAAAAAUAAUGUUCUUUGUAAAAUGUGCUUCCUAUUGUGACCAAACUUCAGUGUAAUACCAAAGGUUUUACAUAAAUUGCAAAGCGUUUUUAUUAACGUUCAGCAGGCUGAAACGAGACAUAAUUUGCUUGAAGCCAGAACUGCAGGGUUAUAAAAUCAUGUAGAGGUGUUACUCCAGUGAAGAGUGGGGGCAGGGGGGGACUUUAUAUUUACAGUGAAAUCUUAGAAAUGUGAGAUUUUAUUUUUUGUAUUAAAAAAAAUAUACCUUUUGCAAAUCUUUUAUAUUUAAACCCUUGUCAAUAAAACACUUUCUACUAUUAAAA